CUUUGGGCGCUGUUAAACAUAAAGUUCGCAGAAAGAAAUAGAACCCGCUUUGGGUUUGGGGACAAAACUAAGCACCUUUCAGGGUUUAGGGUUUUUACGCAACUUCUCUGCAACCCCAAUCUCCGUUGACGAUUUCAGAUUUUUAUAGAAGAUGGGGAAGAAGCGAAAACACAGUGAAACCGGGGUUGCAACCCUUGUAGGGAAGGAUGAAAGUGCUCCAGAGAGACCUAAACGGACACUUUUGGGUUGGAAAGACAAGGUUGAGGAUAAAGAAAGUAAUUCUAUGGUUUUUAGAAAUAAGGAAAAGGUUUUGGUUACUUGUUCUCGCCGCAUUAAUUACAGGUAUCGGCAUUUGAUGUUGAAUGUGGUAUCACUUUUGCCUCAUUGUAAGAAGGAUAACAAAGUUGAAUCGAAAGAAAGUAAAGGUGCAACUUUGAAUGAGUUAGUUGAACUAAAAGGCUGUUCAUCUUGUCUCUUUUUUGAGUGCAGAAAACAAAAAGACCUUUAUCUAUGGAUGGCUAGGUGCCCAAGUGGUCCAUCUGUGAAGUUUUUGGUUAAUGCCGUGCAUACGAUGGAAGAGUUGAAGCUUACUGGAAAUCAUCUGAAAGGUUCACGGCCUAUUUUGACUUUCUCAACCAAUUUUGAAAAAGAUGCCCACUGGAAACUUGUGAAAGAGAUGAUCAUGCAGAUAUUUGGGACUCCAAAGGAUCACAGGAAAUCUAAACCCUAUCAUGACCAUAUAUUUGUAUUCUCAAUCGUUGAUGAUCACAUAUGGUUCCGGAAUUACCAGAUAUCUGUUCCUCAUACUGAAGCUGAUAAAAUGGACAGAGGGUCACUGGAUAAAAUGACACUCGUUGAGGUUGGUCCAAGAUUUUGUUUGAAUCCUAUCAAGAUAUUUGGUGGCAGCUUUGGAGGCCCAACUUUAUACGAGAAUCCGUUUUACAUUUCACCAAAUGAGAUUCGUGCAUUGGAGAAGAGAAAGAAGGCUGGGAAGUAUGCUAAGAAAGUCAAAGCCAAGAGCAGGAGGAAGAUGCAUGAGCGAUCAAAUCCUUUGAAGCCUGAUGAGUUUGCAGAAAUGUGGAAAGAAUGAUAAAAACCAAGCAGGCCAAAGUAAGGGGACCUCUUUUUAUCACAUUUCAAUCAACCUUCCUCCUAAUUACCUUUUUCCUUUUAUGGCAAAAGGAAGUACAUUUUGCUUGAUGUUGGUAAUGAACACCUAUUUUGUCGAAUCAUUUUAUCUUUUAUGUAUCAGCAAUUCAAUAUAUAUUUGGCUAUACUGAAAACACACCUUGUAUGUUUUUUUUUUAAUUUUCCUAUGCAAUUUGAAACGAUGCAUGUGAAAAGUGAUUUUUAUUUA